AUGGGAGAUGACGUGAAUGAUGUUUAUGAUGAGAUUGGGCUGAAAAAGGUCAAUCAUGUCAAUUUAGUGAAUUUUGAUAUUGGAGAUGGAGAGUUGGCGGAGUUGUUAUCGAGUUACGACCCGUUCAUUAUUGGAAACAACAAAUUCAGUUUUGUCGAAAGCGACUUGUUUGAUGAAAGCCAGACGAAAGAGUGUAGUAACUGUCUAACUCCAAUUUCAGUGACAUUUAAAAGUGUGAAUGUGAAAAAAAUGGAAGAGAUUAAAAAGAAAUUGAAUGAGUUUGUGAAUGGGAAACACGUCGAAGUUCUUUUGAGUUUUAAGAACGCAAUGACAUCACUGAAAAUUCUCGAGUUCAUCAAUUUCAUUUUUGAAAAGGCAAAAUCACAGAACGACUUAACAAAUGUUUUCGAAAUACUUCAAACAGUGUUGCGUUACUUGAGACAACCAUACAAGAAAAUUGAAAAGGACAAAAUGUUCUUCACGCAAACGACGCAAACCUUUCUGAAUGAAUUGGCUGCGUCAGUCAUCGACUUUAUACUUACAAACAUCCAUAAUGACAUUGUUGUUGUAGUAGUAUUCUACGAACUUCUGCAGACUCCGGGAUGCAGUGAUGUCAUCGAGAAAAUGACACACAAAAUUAUUGUGAACAACAGAACUGUGUUGCAAUUAGCCAAACUCGUUUUCUUGAUGACAAUAAAAAGUUUCUAUUGGAAGGAAGAAGAGAACCACACACUCUUUUUGUCAAUUAAGGACUACACCAAGCUUUUCGACUUAUUCUUUUCGGUCACGUCCCACGAAACACCAAAUGGAGAAAUUGAAAAGAGUAUCAUUCAAGUCAUGUGUGAUGCCCUUGAAAAAUAUUCGGAAGUUCUUUAUCUCCAGAAUUAUAUUUGUUUGGGCAUCUGUCGGAAAUACUCGCGCUUUGUCCAAAACGAGUUCUUCAGUUAUGAGUCGAAGUCCGAACUCUUUGGCCGUGUUUUCCAGGUAUUUCUCCGCAAUCAGAAGUGGUACAAGUUUGUUUCAAACUUGGGAGACGCGCAAUUUUGGGGGGGUCGUGUUGUAGAAAUGUUAAUUGGUGAUUCGGUGAGUGGGCGUGUAGUUGGGAAAUUUCGGUUUAGAAUGAUGCUCGAACGUUCUCAGGUGCACACCGUAUUCAGAAUACCCGAAGGGUGUUUUAUAAUAGAAUUACUCGAAAAGAUAGUAUGUGUUCUUGAGCAGCAACAAAGUGCAGAGUUCUGUGUAUUUGAGAAAGGGAAAAUAGCGCUGUUACUCUUAUACGUCAUAUCGAAAAACAAAGACUAUGGUGAUCCCAAAGUACGUCACCAAAUAGUUCAGUUAAUACGGAAGUGUGUUGAGAAACGAAAUAUUAAAGAUUUUGAUGAGUACUUAAUCGAGUUGUCGAGAAGGAAGAUCUUUGAUGUGAGUGUGGGGAAGGAUAUGUGGAAGAGAAUUGAAAGCGAUGGAUUUGUUAAAAGUGUUUAUCGUAUGAAUUAUUGCAAAACACUUCUCUCAAGUUUGAAGAGUGACGACAACGUAUUGGGUCUGCUCUUAAUCACUUUCUAUCAUGUCAGUGAAAGUUGGUUUUACACUGAAAUAACGGAGAGGGAGAAUAUGAUGAAUCUCUAUGUUAUAUCUUCACUCCUUAAGGCUGACAAGUGUCGCGAUGAUACCUCGACGUGGCUCCAAUAUUUGAAACAAGAGCUGAACCACGAAAAAAAGAAGUUGAUAGAAAACAUCCCAUUUUUGCGAACGUCACAAAAGAACAUCAAGGCGUUGAGCGGAUUCUUUGAAAACACUGACAUUCAUCCCAAUGACACGUGGAUGCAUCAAGUUUACCAAUUCAUACUCUCUGGAUACGCCACGAUAUAUCUUAAGGAGACAUUUAAUGAUAUCAAUGAGUGGAAGAAGUCUUCACUUGUGGAGAAUGUGUUACUCUCUUUAGUCAGAUACCAAUUCAUGAAGAGUUUUGUGUUGAUAUCAUUCCAGUACAUUGAUCAUUUUAUGUCACAGAGUAUCGAUGUUAAUCAGAUUAAAAAAGUGAUGUGCGACGUAAUAGAAAUGAUUCUUGAUCCCAACCAAAAUACUAUGUCGUGGUACAUCCCAAAACGUGUUGUGAAUUUCAUAUUUGACGAAGAAAGCCAGAAACGGAGAAAUAUGAGUUGUUUUGCUUCGAUGAUAGAAAGUCAAAUUAUAACAGCGCACCGAACUGAAUUGGGAAAGUUAUGGGUGGAGGUGUUUAUUGAUGAAAUGCAAAACACCGACAAAAGCCAGAGAAGUCAAAUAGAACUGUUGGGGCAACAUGUGGACAAAAUAAUUUUGGCGUUGCUCAUUACUGACUUCAAAGAAACUUUUUAUUGGACGAAUGGUAUUUGGAAGGAAAGGGAUUUUGUAAAGAGCACAACAUUUGGGAGAGCAAAGUAUGCGUUGGAUUUUUUUCAUUAUGUGAAUUGUUUGGAAAAGAAUGAAUUAAGCGACGAUAUGAUCAAUCAAAUUUGUGGAGAUUUGAGAGAGUGCGGAACAACCCAACACUUGGGGGUCGAAAAAAAUUUCAUGCAACUCGGUGUUUUGUACUGUGUACAGCAUUUGAAUGAGUCGACUGACUUUGCUGAAGUUGCUGAGCUUGAGGAAUUGAUCAAGAAAAGCAGAAGGGACGGCUGGAAGGAAAUGAUAGAAAUAAUCGAGAAAUGUAAAGAGGGGAAAGGGAAAGAAACACUUUUCAGAAUGUAUAACGUGCCAAAUUACGUUGAAGUGCAAAACAUUAUGCAAAGAGAAGUGUAUGACAUUGCGGUGUUUUUUAGUGCUGGGUUUGAUCGCGAAGAAGCUCAAAAGGAAAUUGAAAAAAGUUGGGUUGGCGAUGUCAUGUUUUACGAAGAGAAACGAUGGCGGUGCGAAAGUUCAACCACUAGAAAGAUGGAAGACGAAAAGUAUGAAGUAAAGGAGAAAAUGUUUGAUGAAAACGUGUUCUGUUUUGACAAAGAAGAAAGUUUUGACAAAGUCAAGAACGACUUUGAUCAAGUAUUGAUGACGAAAGAAGGUACAGUCGACGACAUUUUAAAGUUUUUCGAUGUUAUUAAAGAAACUCACAAGUGUGAGAAGUGUGGAUAUUUGAAUGAAAUUAGCAACGUUAAAAUUGGGGACAUUGACUUGUUUAUUGGUGAUCUAUUGAAAACGCAGACAGACUUGACUAGCACUAAAGUAAAUGUGUUGAGAGAGUUGUGUGAAUUUUUUUACUCAAUGAUCAAAUACAACAGAGUGAGAGAGAGCGAAAGUCAAGUUAAACAGUUCAAAGAGCUUAUUAGUGAAAAGUACAAAAAGGCGGAUGGUGUUGAUAAAUUGUUCUAUGUGAGUAUACUCGGAAUGAUUGACUUUUCGUGUUCGUUUGAAGGUGCUCAAGUAAUGACCUUCUCGAUAGAUGAAUCAUCCAAAUAUUAUUUUAACCCAUUAGUCUUCGAUGGGAAAAAUCUGAAAUUCUUAGUGUCAGAAAUUAGAAGAGAAAAGAAGGAUUACGAAAGCAUAAUAGAGUGGGAAAGGUGGAUUAGAAGAAUGUCUGAUAGUGAAGUUGUUGCGAUGGUUCUUUACUUGUUGAGAAAUGGAGUGGAAAAUUCGACACAAGGACUCCAGUCUAUGAUACACAGAGUCUGGUACUCAGUGAUCGAAGAAAUCAUUUCAUAUUGUGUCUCAACAAAUAAUGAUAUGUGUGUUGGUGUAGUUAACGUUGAGUGGGACAGAAACGAGAGAGUACAAACGUUUUGUUUGAAAGCAAAAGAGAAAGUAAUAAUUCGAAAAGAUGUUUUAGAGAGGAGUUUUGUGUUGAUUGAAUCGUACAUAUUGAGGGGAGCAAACUAUGUAAUAAAAAUGCAAGAACUUCUAUUACUGUUUGGUAAAAUUGGGUAUUUGUUAUUAAACACGACAUACUCCCCAAGAUACACAAAAUGCUUUCUGACCGUUUUACAAAUGACGAGAAAUUUGAGCGACAACGAGUUUGAGAAAAUUACAAAACCAAUGGCGAUGAGCAUUUGUGAUGUGACAGUCAUCAAAUGUGUUUUUGAUGCACAGCUUCAAAUGUCAAAACGAGAGCAGAUGUACAACUUUUUGAAGUGCAUUUACAUUUCUCCGAACACAAAAAUAGCAGUUAUGAACCUCGGCUAUCUCUUGGAUAAGGACGUGAGCGAGGGGAGUGCAAGUCUCUUUAUUUCAUUAUUAAAAAACAGUUGGGAGGGUGUUGAUUUUACACUUGUUCUCCGUGUUGAAAAAGCGAUAUUUUAUUCCAAUGAAAUUGUUGAUCACUCGGUAUUAUUUCGGCUGAAAAGUUUGAUUGGCGACGACGUCAAAGUGAAACAAAUAUUAGUGAAUCAAAUCAAAAAUGGUUUUAAGAACGAGACAAGUCAUGUCCAGGUUCUUUCGAAGUGCCCGAAAGUUAAAGAAGAGAAUUUUGAAACUUUCAUCUCCUUUGUGUUCGACACUUUCAACGUUGUCGAAUUUUGCGAAGAGCAUAACAUUUUCAUCAACGACGUAAUUGUGUUUGUCUGUGACGUUGUCACAACACUUGCAAAUACUCUUGCGUUCCCAAGCGGAAUUUUGAGAGUAAUUUUAGAAAAGUAUAAUACGGCUGCUAAACUUCUUCAAAUCACACAACGAAUGGAAAAUAUCAAGGCACUCAAUGGUAUUUUCUCGCUUUUGUCGAGCAACAACACUUACCUCGUAAACGAUUUUGAAAGACAAAUUAAAGAAUGUUGUCGUGAAGUUCCAAGGGAAUGGUACCCAAACAAUUUGAAAAUCUUUGAUGUAUAA